GACAUUUGUGGCUCAGCCCAGCCCAGGUGAGGCUCUCCCCGCCCCGGGGGCAGAGCCAGGCUCAGCCCAGGUGUGUUUGGUGUUCGGGGCUGGCUCCGCCUGGGUUGGGCUGGGCUGGCUUGGCUGCGCUGGAGCAGAGCAGCAGAGCAGGAGGGCACACGGAGCAUGCUGGCCUGAAUGAACCCUGGAGCAGCGAGGGAUGGACCUGGAAGGUGUGACUGAUUUCAAAGCCCUCCGAGCAAGAUUUCAGAAUGACUCCAACUCGGCCAACAAGCCGGAGCAGAAACCUCCCAAGGAGAUCACCCCCAAACCUGGCUCUGCAGGGAGCACCACCUCCAGCCCUCUGCCCCUGCCUAAGAGAGAGAUGAAAGUGCCCAAACCUGCCCAUCCCACCUCCCAAGCCCCUGUGCUCACCCAGCACAGCCCUUUGGCACAGCCUGGGGGUGACAGGGAGCGGAUGGGGCACAGCAAGGAGCACAAGGACAGCACCGCAGAGAAAGGGCUGGGUCCUCCCAAGAGCAGCUCAGAAAAUCCUCUGCUCCCCUGUGCCACUGCCCAGCAAGGAUCAAGCCAAACAGCUCCAGAAGACCCUCAGCUCCCAGAUUCUUUCCAGCACGUCCUACAGAUCUGGGAAGAGACGUUAUCCCGCAAGGAGAAAACAAGUCCAACACAUCGGGCGGCCAACGCAGCUCCUGCUGCAUCAGGCAGUGCCAGGAUGGCAGCCUCUGGGAGCUCCCCUCUGCUGGACUGGCGUGCCCAGAGGAAGGAUGCUGUGCAUGGCAGAGGGAUUGCCCUUCCUCAGGCUCCCAGAGGACACAGGAGCUCUGAUGGAGCAGCUGCUGAGGGUGUGGUGGCACCUGCGUUCUGCCUGCCGGGUUAUCGUGCACCCAGACACUCGCCUCAGCUCCAGAAAGAGUCAGAACCUCCCUUCUGCCAGCCUGGAGCAGGAAAAUGGAAUGACAGCCCUGGGAGCAAGUGGCCAAAGAUUAAACCUCUGCCUUCAGCUGCAUCCCUGGGUCCUGCCCCUGGGAAGCCUCCAAGACCCCCAAAGGUUGAUCUCAGUGCUUUCCAAAGCAUCAUGCCUUUGCUCCACAGAGGAAAUGAAACAACUGCUGCAGAAGAGGAUUACCUGACCCCUGAAAGUGCUCAGCUUGAAGAGCAGAAUAAUUAUGAAGAAGCCCCAAUGUACCUGAAUCAGUCUGGGGACACCACAACCUUGAGUGUCAUUGAAGCACCUAAGGCAGAGCCUCAAAAACACAAGAAACAGAAGAUUUUCCCCUUUGCCAAAUCCAGUCCAGAAAGAGCUCUGACAGAGGAUGAAAAAGAGGGAAAACCAAGUGAUGGAAGAGCAAAACUGGAGGAGAAUAAAAUGUUCGAGACAGGUGGAAAUGAGUACAUGUCUCCCAAGGCAGAUGGCAGAGGUGGGCUGAAGGUUCUGCAAGGGAAGCAGGAUGUGACCAGUCCCCAAAAUGCAACGUAUCCAACCCCACCAGGGCUGGCAAGAGACAGAGCAGAGCACUGGCACAGCAUGGGUAUUGGUGCUCCAAAGCCAGGAGGAUCAGCCUUGGCCCAAAGCCCUGGGCAGUGUCUGCAGGCCCCAGAGGACAUCUAUGAUGAUGUUGAGGAGCUGCAGGACAGACUCCACGGCUCAGAUGCCUCCAGUUCCUUCACUUCAGACAGCAUUUCAGGAAACAGCUACGAGGAAACAUAUGAAGAUGUUGAGAUUGGGGGUGAUAACCCAGCAAAACCAGGAACAGAAAAACAGAAGAGAUUUGGAAACCUGUUUAAGAUAGAAAAGUUGAAGCUGAACAAUUUCAGGCUCAAGGACAACCUAAGGCUGGUUUCCAUUUCAGUACCAAAUUUAGCUGUGUCCCAGGAGGACAACGUGUAUGAUGAUGUCGAGGUGGAGCAGAGAGAGACCAGAGGGAAGGAUGACAAGUACAGAGUCCGGAUGCCAAAACUUCGGGUGGCAAAAGAGUACAAGGACAAGAGGAAAAGCAUCGACGACGCGGAAAGAAAUAUCUUCAAAUUCAAGAAGAGCAGUGAAGAAAAGAGCAAGAAGAUGGACAAAGAAGAGAAGUUGUUUAGAGAGACAUUUAUGUACCACGAGGAGAUCCGCGUGCUCACCAGGGCCCGCGCCGCGCGCUCGGUGCGCAGCCAGCGCCGCGCCGACCUGCCGCUCACAGCUGGGGAACAGCUGGAUGUCAUCGACAUGCACGGCACGGCCCACGGCGCCCAGGGCCACGCCGUCAUCUGCCGCAACGCCCAGGGCAGAUAUGGGUAUGUUCUGGUGGAACACUUGAACUUCAGACAGUACUAACUGCCCUGAGAGCUGCUCUUCCCUGGAGCAUCCCUGAAGGUCUCCUGUGCCUCCUGCAUCCCUGACAGCCCAUGUUGGUCAGCUGUGGGGUGGUGAUGGGAAUGUAAAUAAAGCUGGAGUUUUGUACACUGUUUAAUGUGC